UCUAUCAAGCAAGGCCUGAAACUAUCAUAACCAGCUUUUUUGUUACCAUUUGGAUGCUAAAUGUGUAUGUCUCGAUUCGGGUGAGGAAUGCAAAUGUGAUAAAAUAUGGCGUGUUGUAUGACGCAUAAGUAGGUCAGAAUGUUUCGUGAAUAAAAAUGUGUUCAUGGCAGAUUUGUGGAUUCAGCUAAAAGCCACCCAACCAGUGCGGAUAGCUUGAAGAAUUUCUUUCGAAACGCUCCAUUCUUCUCAUAGUCGAUCAGUGAUAACAUCAUCAAUAAACAUGGAGAAAAUGGAGGAAAUAAAGUAUAAAGUGCUAGAGCUUAUAAACAAGAAAGAGGUCAAGAUACCGAAGAUGGGAUUUACGGAUUACUAUACGAAUCAACAAAGAGAACAGAUGUCACUUCGCAACGCAUCCGCUAUCGGCUCAUCGGGCAGUAGUAAACAGUAUCCAAUCAAUACAACCGCUGCCCCCACUUCAUGCUACGAUUGGGCGAAGGAAAUCGCCCGUGGUGAUAUUGCCAGCGGUGAUGCAAUCGACGAACCGGGAUUCUGUGUAGGGGAUUCUGAUGCCCUCGGAUUGAGUAAGUUGUCAGAUCAAGAGGUGCUCGAGUCAACGGAAGUGAUUUAUUUCGAUGGCAAUAGCAACACCGGACUACACGAGCUUAGGAAAAUAGCCGAGCAAGAUAAAGAGCUCAGCUGCAAAUCGAUAGAAGCGUCCAUCGGUAUUCUGAAGCGUCAGCACCGUGUAAUCUCGAAGAAGGUGUUGCAGUUGAUCCUUGAGCAGCGUGUCGCGUGUGAUGAUGAAUUUCAACGGAUCCGCGAUACGGAGCGAAUGCUGCGCGAAACGGUGUGCAUGUGCCGGACUGCGCGGCUUAAGUUGGAUACAGCAAAGCUGCUACUGACGACGACGAAUCUGGAGAUAUUGGCCGCCUACAAAAAACGCCAAACGUUGGUGAAUCUCCUCCGCAUUAUGAACGCUCUGAAAAGCAUGCGAUCGAUCGACCAGCGGCUGCAACGGCGGCUCACAGAUGCUGACUAUGGGGGUGCAAUCGCUAUUUUGCUGGAAAAUAAAAAUCUAUCCCGUCGAUUUUACCAGUAUCGGUGCGUCGAGUCGCUGUCGCACAAGCUGCAGGACACACUGUUGCUCACCGAAGUGCAGCUUGACUGCGUGCUGAGUGAAAUACCGUCCGAAUUCGAACCGACACGUUAUCGUAAGCUGCAGGAAGCGUACCAUCUACUUGGGAAGGAACUGAUUGCAAUGGAUCAGCUGCAUAUGAACUUCAUAUCCUCGGUACAUACGGCCGCCUACACCGUGCUGAAGCAGCACAUGGACGUAAACGUGGAGGAGAGCAAGAAACUAACGUACGAGCAGAUGUGUGACUGCGUACCGGCUGAUAAAUACGUACACUGCCUCACGGCACUGUGUAGGGCAUUCUGGAAGAUACUUGUGUCCUACCACCAGAUACGUUGCUGGCAUCAAAAUCACAGCUUGUACGAAAAGGCUCCGGCCGCGAUGUGUAGUGGAGAGUCAUUGCAAACGCAGACUCCAGUGCAGCAGGCGUCCUCGUUCCAUCAGGAGUACAUCCAACAGAAGCUGGAGAGCGGUCAGUUUCGGCUGUGGAACGACGUGCAAGGCAAAGUGUGUGUGUUUAUCAGCUCCAGCCGGCUCCACUCGUUGAAGUACGAUCAGUUUGUACAGAUUCUUGCUAUCGUUCAGCGUCUAAAAAAGGUUGGUUUUGAGUUUUGCGACAGCCACUCGGAAAAGUUGCUUGGUGCCAUGCAAAAGCAGAGCAUGGUAUUUUUCAAGCGCUAUCAUAUUGCCUGCCUGGAAGAGGUUGGUUUAUUUUUCGACCACGAAGUUUGGGUCCCGAUUAGCAGCUUCCACGACGUGACCCAGCUGCAGGAAUACAAGAACUUCCGGCAUGCACUCGCGCGCACCGCCGCUAAUCGUGCGGGCGCUUCUAUGACGGGCGUUCGCGGAAGCCUUUCCGGGGCGUCCAAGAGUGGAGAUAAUGUAGCAGCGCGGGGAGCGCCCGGAGUUGAUCUGAUACCAGAUAGCACUUCCUCGAUGCACUCGCAGGACGAGAGCUCGCUGUACGGAUCCUGCGUCUACUUUCUUCGAUUCACCGAAAAAAGUUCCCCAUUCGAUGGUGGUUUCGAUAGUACGAUGCUAGAGGAGGAUAUUUUGGCGGGCAUAGCAGACGAGUCGUCCUACUACUACUCGGAGGAUAGUAGCGACAAUAAUGAGCAGUCGCCAUCUUCACCCGCCCCGGUCGCCGCUUCUUUCGAGGGCGUUUCGGUCGAGGAAUCACCUUCAUCACAAAGCCAUUCCAAAACCACAGCUACUUCCAGCACGAAUGCGGGCGCUUCUACGGCAUCCAAUGUGCCGGUGGUAGUUGUUAACACAUCGCUCACGGUGCUGCGUUGUAUCGGACGGUACCUUUACUUCUGCAAGUUGCUUCACCGCAUCACACCGCACAUCGUACGAUCGAUGGCCGAGCUGAUCGAUUACUACAUAUUUUCGGUACACGAUCUUUUCUCGGCGGACUUGAGCAUACCACGUGAUAAUCUGUACAGUGCGCGAUUGCGCGCCGCCCUGCAGCGUAUAAAGGUAGAGCUACUGCCCUUGCUGCGCCGUAGCUGGCCACUGUCGGAUGAGAUGGUUCGAGCGGAUUUGAGCGAUCCGGAUACGAUGUACGGAAUCCAUAAGCGUAUCGUGGCUACCGAGAGCUGUCUCACAUUGGUAGCUCAGUUUCGUCAAAUGGAGAACUAUCUCGGGGGACUGUUGGCAACGCCAACUGGAGAUGUUGGUCAACAACCGGGCGAUACGUCAUCGGAGGAUGGUGGUUGGACGCAGGCAUCGCUUCGAGAGUAUCUCGUACAGACGACCGAAUACGUUCCCGACAUACGCAAGCCCAUUGUUAUGUGCUCUACGGCGCGAGUCGUCGAUCUGCAGGGCAUACUGCAGAUGAUGACGAAGGUGAAAUGGGACAUUAAUUUUGUGAAUGUUCAACACUCUGCAUAUGUCGACACCAUAAAUCGGGGUGUACAGUAUUUUGCCAUGAAGCUGGAAGAUGAAAUAUCCUCGGUAACUUUGCCUCGAGAUGUGCUCUGGGAUAGUUUUGUCCAUGUUCUGACGCAUCUUCUUGUUGAAGGGUUCUCUAAUGCCAAAAAGUGUUCUGCUGGUGGGCGAGCACUCAUGCAGUUGGACUUUAUUCACUUCUGGUCGCUACUGGAGAUAGUAUCUGGCGGCAGGCAUCAUGAACAUCGUUCUUAUGUUGAGCAGUAUGUCAAAGCGUACUAUCUACCAAAGGAUUUACUGCAGGAGUGGCUUCUGGAACCACAUGGUUAUUCUACUAAGCAUUUGGUUGGCCUCGUACAGUGCGCUUGCAGUAGUGACAAAAAAACGCGACAACGUUUGCUAGCACUGGUAGAAUCGACCCAUGAUAAUAGUUCUAUUUCAUUAGCAACGUCCGGGCAGGCUGGAGAAGGAUCGUAGAAGGUGGCAUUUUUUGUUUAAAUUGGUUCCUUGGUUUGCAACAUAUGGUUCCAAUCUGUUUUAAAACAUACCUAAAUCUCUGUUACACUUUUCUGUAAUCUCAAUUGACUCGAAAUCAUUCUUACGUUUAAUAGAUGGCGCUAUCAGCCGCUCAUACUUUUAACGAUAAUAUGUUCGCGUAAUAAAUUACUAUUUCUGCUUUUGUUUAUGAAAAAAUAAUUUAUAUUUUCGUUGUUACGUUUGAAUUUGAUAGCGAUGAGCCAGUCGAACGAUAAAUAAUAAUUCCACUAAAGUAUGCUUUGUGAAUGUGUUUCUGGUUCAUGAGAUCUGCAAGUCUGUACUGCAAAUAUAUGAACGACUGUUAUGAUAUGUAGAAAUGUUGGAAAUAAAAAAAACACAUACACCUAUA